AUGUUAGUAAACAAGUACUUGGCUGCAUCCACCUCGCUUUUAUCUAUGGUAGUGGCCCUCGCCAUCGACCAAGAUAUCCCUCAAACCACUGUCGUCUCUACCUGGACUGGUACAAGAACAGCUACAGACACCGAAGAUGAUUAUGUUGGCGGUGGAACUAUAACUGUAAUCGAUGAAAUAAACCCUACUACUACUAUCACUUCAACUUGGACCGGUACUUUUACCACCACUGAAACUAUCACCGAUACUGUUGGUGGAACUGAUACUGUCGUAGUUGAAGUUCCAACGCUGUAUGGACCAAACCCUACUACUACUAUCACUUCAACUUGGACCGGUACUUUCACUACUUCUGAAACAUUGACUGACACCCCAGGUGGAACUGAUACUGUUGUAGUUGAAGUUCCAACGCUGUAUGGACCAAACCCUACUACUACUAUCACUUCAACUUGGACCGGUACUUUCACUACUUCUGAAACAUUGACUGACACCCCAGGUGGAACUGAUACUGUUGUAGUUGAAGUUCCAACGCUGUAUGGACCAAAUCCUACUACUACUAUCACUUCAACUUGGACCGGUACUUUUACCACCACUGAAACUAUCACCGAUACUGUUGGUGGAACUGAUACUGUCGUAGUUGAAGUUCCAACGCUGUAUGGACCAAACCCUACUACUACUAUCACUUCAACUUGGACCGGUACUUUUACCACCACUGAAACUAUCACCGAUACUGUUGGUGGAACUGAUACUGUCGUAGUUGAAGUUCCAACGCUGUAUGGACCAAACCCUACUACUACUAUCACUUCAACUUGGACCGGUACUUUUACCACCACUGAAACUAUCACCGAUACUGUUGGUGGAACUGAUACUGUCGUAGUUGAAGUUCCAACGCUGUAUGGACCAAACCCUACUACUACUAUCACUUCAACUUGGACCGGUACUUUUACCACCACUGAAACUAUCACCGAUACUGUUGGUGGAACUGACACUGUCGUAGUUGAAGUUCCAACUAGCUACCCAACCUCCAAAAAUACGACUAGCAUAGAACCCUCUUACAUUACUUCUAUUAUCACAAAAACUGAAGCAAAUGGAUAUUUAACAACCUACACCACAACUGACACCACCACAGAAUUUGUUACUGCGCCAUGCAUUACGACCACAAUUGUAACUACUGGUCCGCAAGGUGAGGUAACCACGUACAUAACUACUACCACUGGUUCCACUGUUACUGAAAUCAUUAGUGAACCAUGUGUAACCACUACAAUUGUUACAACUGGUCUACAGGGAGAAGUUACCACCUAUGUUACCACUACAGCUCCUGGUUACACUACAACUGAAUCCGGUCCUACAGCUACUGUUACCAUUACUGGUCCAAAUGGUUCAAUUAGUACAUAUGUAACUACCUCUCCAUCUACUGUUACAGCACCAGGUCAUAACUCAACUGUCACAAUUACUGGACCAAACGGCAAUAACACUACUGUCGUUCCAACUGUUCAAGCACCAGAGCCUACCACGUUAUUCACCACAGGUCCAAAUGGAACCACGUCCACGAUUGUUACAUUUGCCUCAGUAGUGACUGAUUCUCCUUCGGCUGAAGUCUACACCAUUGCCCACACAGUAACUGGAACUAAUGAUAUUCUUUCGACAAUCCUCACUGCUAUCACCAUUUCACCUGCCUCUCCAGCCCCAUCCUCCCCAGCUCCAGAUUUUGCCUCCAACUACACCAUCCCCUCUGUCCCAGUUUAUGAGGGUUCUGCUAACUUCAUGAGAUCCACAUUCUCGGUUGCCACUCUUUUAUGUUUAGCUGUGACAUUCAUUGUUUAG